ACAACCUAUCAGACAACUCUUCACUAAACAUAGACCAGAAGUAAAGAUUAUAUAUCAUCAAGUACCAUUUGGAAGCUUAAUUUGUAUUUCUGAAAAUGAGAAAACUCAAAUUAAUAAAAAUCCUUUAUGCAAUAUGAUUAUAAUCAACCCACCUCCUUCGCAUGAUGAUUCACCAUCUUCACCACCUUCGCACGAUGAUUCUUUGCUGCACAAUGUAAUUAUAAUCGACUUAACUGAUGAUUUACCUCCUUCACCUCCUUUGCACGAAGAUUCUCCUCUUUCGCAUGAUGACUCACCUCCUUCACCUUGA